CAAGAAGAGUAAUUCCAUCUCUUCGAAUACUCUAUGAUAUCAUGAAGAGAAAACUAUUCUUCCUAAUUGUUUUGAUUGAAUGUAUUCAUAUGUUAUCAGCAUUCACUCAUAAAAGGUUCAAAAAUGACACAACUUUUGACAGUGUAGUUGAGUCGCUUGUUGUCAAUGGAGGCAGCACCUAUCAUAACGGGUUCUACGUUAAAGUCAGGACCCUGAAACCCCUGGGACCUCGCAACUUCUGCGGGGGCGUGCUGAUCAACAGUCUAUGGGUGCUUACAGCCGCACACUGCGUCAAACCCACAUCACCUCGGAAUCUGAUUAUUGAGAUGAAACAUUAUACGCAUUUGGAUUUUGGAUACAAAAAGCUGGGCCAUGUUUACGAACACGACAUCGCCCUGUUAAGACUGAGAGAAAGCAUCAAACAGGCCUACUUCGGAAUUCUCCAAUUAUACUUUGAACGACAAGACAUCGGAAUCCCAUUGAUAGCUUUAAGAAUGGGCUCAAUAAAGCAAAAUCAAUUUGAGUUUCCUCUGUCUCUGCAAAUGGCUGAAUUCCGAGAAAUCACGCGAUUGAAGACUGCCGAGGACUUUAAAUUUGAAACUUGUUCUGAGGCAACGAUUUGUACCAAGGUGAUAUAUAGCAAUUAAGAAACCAUUUUUUACUCCCUUCAUCAGCUUGACGUUACCUUGCUGGAAUAGAAUUGUUUUCAUGA